UAGCAGGUUUAAAAAUCCUAUUUUCGUUCUGUGGUAUGUAAACUUAAGAUCAGACUUAUUUAUGGACAAGUCAAGUUGAUGACAUUUCAUACGUCAACGACCAAGGUUAGAAUUAUUAUUUAAAUUCAUGAGCAGUUCAGCCCCUUACCAAAGAUUUAUGAGGUUGCUAGAAACUUGGCCUAUUGAUAAAAACAAGAGUGGAAAGUAAGAAUUGUUUCAUGUUGUAGAACAGAAUAAGUAUCCGACAAUUUUUUCUUUGAGGGAUUUUGGAGCACAUUUGCGAAACGUCUAUAAAACUAUUCUAAUUGAUAAAAACACCAAAGGAAGUGAAGAAAAUUUGGAUCGACAAUACCUAUCCUUACAACGUUUAUUAUGUAAUGAACAUAAAAAGAAAAAUAGCCUUUCACGUUCCUAUUCAGCAUCUGGUUUAUCCGCUAAACAGUGUAAUGAAGCCUUAUCUUCCGAAUUCUUAGAAAUUUAUAACGAAGAAAACACGUCUUAUUGGAAAAAAUUACUUAGAAGAUUUAAAAGUGAAUAAUGUAUGGUAUAAUUAACAAAGUUUAUGUUAGAAAGUAUAGUCUAUAUUUCAAAGGUUUGUCUCAUACUCCUGUUAUGGUUAAUGAGGUUCUAAAAUAUCUCAUGCCAGAACCAAAUCAAAUAUUGUUGGACAUGACUUUUGGUGCUGGUGGUCACAGUAGAAGAAUUGUAGAAACUACUCCUAAUAUUAAAUUAAUUGCCUUAGAUAGAGAUCCAGUUGCUCAUAAUUAUGCAUGUGAAUUAGAAAAAGAAUACCCUAAGCAAGUACUUCCUCUUCUUGGGCGUUUUUCUGAGCUGCCUGAUCUUUUAAAAAGUAAUGGCUUAAAGAGAAAUUCUAUUGAUGCAAUUCUAUUUGAUUUUGGUUGUUCUUCAAUGCAGUUUGACACUCCUGAACGUGGAUUUUCAGUUGUUAAAGAGGGCCCAUUAGAUAUGAGAAUGGAUGGAAACAGAUUCCCCAAAAAUCCAACAGCUGCUGAUGUUUUAGCUAAAGCAUCAGAAGAGGAUCUUUAUAAAAUAAUUAAAGUUUAUGGAGAAGAAAAGCAUGCAAGGAAGAUUGCUAGGGCGAUUGUUGAAGCUCGGUAUCUAUUUAAGAAACUUACAACAACUCAGCAAUUAGCAGAUCUUGUAGACUCAGUAGUGGGAGAUCAAAUUAGACUUGACAAAUUGCAGAGGAAAAGUCACAAUGCAACAAAAACUUUUCAGGCUUUAAGAAUAUUUGUAAAUAAUGAACUUAAUGAAAUUAAUUAUGGGUGCCUCUUAGCACACCAUUAUUUAAAAAUUGGCGGACGAUUUGCAGCCAUUAGUUUUCAUUCUUUGGAGGAUACUAUUAUAAAGAAGCAUCUGACAGGGAAUUUAAUUGAAAAUACACCCAACAUAUUACCAUUAAAAUACUGUAGUCAUUCACUUAAUAUUAGUAAGACAACUGUUGAACAAGUAAUGAAAUCAAAUUGGCACUGUUUACACAAAAGUGUUAUACUACCUACACCUGAAGAAGUUGAAGACAAUCCAAGAAGUCGUUCUGCAAAACUGAGAGCAGCCAUUAAGGUAUCAUAAAGAAGUUAUUUAUUUUAUAUGUAGCCGUUUAAUGUUAUUAGUAAAAUAUAUUUUAAUUUAUUCA